AUGGAUGUGGGAACAGAAUACUUCCAUCCCGCAAACCCACCGGGCAACGCAACAGGGGAGAUUCCCAGGGCCUUCCUGCACAUCUCAGAAAUUCGCGACGAGGUUGGAAAGAAGAGAGUGGAUGUAGGCGAGGGAAGGAGAUAUUUGCAGUUUGCCUUGAAUGAGCUUACCACGGCCCUGGGUUCCUUGGGAGCUUAUUUCCAACAACUGCAGCCGUUGCUGGAGGCCAGCCACCUCCAUGAUCUAUCUUCUGAGACUAAACUCUUAGACAAACUGCUUGGACGCUAUAUGAUAGAGAAGAGACACUACUGUGAACUUGAGGAUGAGCUGAAUGGGUUGGAGUACAGCCUCGCAGAAUAUGAGCAUAGAGUUUACGACCAGCUGUGCCGACCAGAGGGUCCUGUUCCAUCUGCAUUCAACAAGUCCCUGUCCAUCGAAAGCGAUAGACUAUCUCUACCUCCUAUGCCACCAUAUCCGGAUGAUUAUAUGUCUUUUGGGGGUGAUCCAUAUGAGUUGAAUUUUGGGUAUGGAACAGCCAUCGGUGCGCUGCCCUUCUCUAGAUCAAAUAAGAUCAACCAUGGUAUACAACAAACCCCUCCACCAUCCUAUCCAAAUACAACGGAAGAGCUCUUUCCUCUUUCGGUUACAGUGUUUGAAGUUUUCCCACCUUUGUUCAUAGUCGGAAACGGAGAUGGCAUCCUACACAACCUCAUCACCAAUUUCCAGAGCACCAAGGAACGAGUUGACCGAUGGCUUCUACACACGCUUCACGUCUCGGAAUGGGAAAUCAGGAGGCUCUAUUUAAAUUUCCUGGCGGAGUCAGAAGCUGGGAUUACCAAGAUCCAUCUGGACGUGGAUUCCUGGUCAUUCUGGGUCAUACAGACUUGGUCUCAGGACAACGACUCUACAUUUUAUAGCUGCCCAUCUCAACACACAUCCCCACUGACCUCACUUUACUCUGAAGAAUCCUUGCCUCCGAUACUGGCGGCUAUGAAGCCGUCUACCUUCACCUGCCCGACAGCCCCUUUCCUCAGCAACGGACAAGGAAACGAAAGACUCACCACUGCUCAGGCAACUGAUCCACCUUCAACAACCCAAGCCGCAUAUAGCCGCAGUGAUGGAUAUUUUGGGCAACAUUCUUUUGUGGGACCCAAGCCUUUUAUCCGGAAGGAUCCCGAAUUCGCGUUGGAGAAGUAUGCGCAGAAGGAUCCGAGACAACCAUCACACUUGCCAUCACCAGAGUUGUCAAGCAGGAUACUAGAUUCUGAGGAAGAGCAAAACAUACAACUAUCAGAAGACGGACAAGGUUCCGAAUUGUUUCUUCAGGCAUGGGGCAUUUGGAGCAGGAUGGCGCCGGAACUAGAUAAAAUCCCGACAGGCUUUGAUGUCGAAUUGAGUCACGAGCUGGAAGUUUCUUCACCAGGGAGAAAUGGGAAUACUCCGUACCAGUUACUGUCCAAUUCUCUGUCGGGAAGAGACGAGAAUAUCCCAUACCAGUUGCUGCCCGGCACAUCUACAGAGAAAUUGGCCAUGCCGACGGAAGAUGAGGCGGACAGUCAGAGAGGCAGUGCGGCCAAGCAUGGAGUGGAGUUAGGCUAUGCCUUGCAACAAGAAAAACAACCUGAGAAGAUUGGGCAAAGCAGGCCAUCUACAAGUCAUUCGGAAAAGCAGGGGCCGGUCCCGUUGCCAACAAAGAAUGGCUCCAUGGAAGAAGAAACACCGCAGCAUCCUGCCAUAAAUGGUAACAUCCGGUUGUCAACGGCGGGUGUCCCGGAAGGCGAUGUGCAAGAAAACCUCCCCAGAAAAAGUAGCUCGCAAGGUCUAAUGUUUGAGAGGAGUAGUACGGAUCCAAUAUCUGAGAAACCCCGGGGAUUUCUCAGUUCUGCAAAUCCAGACCAGCAUCGUUCCUGCAGUGCUAUUUAUCAGGAUGUACCGGUAGCUUCGACAUCUCCUGUGGGCAGGGUUUUUCUCGUGAAGCGGAACUCCAUUCCCUCUGGACUGGAGCAUUCCCGAAACCUCUAUGUCUUCCGAUCAAGCCUCAACAUAGAAGAUGACGAGUUCCCGGUGAUCGUGGAGUCUAACCGGGCUGCUGAUGUUUACCGCUGCUACCCUGUUCUACGUCGCCCCACAUCACUCGACCCCCGGCUACCGAUUUCCACAUUGUGGUCCGUUUGGAUAACCCAUCGGCGGGUCCCGUUGCAAAUAUCGGCUUUCUCGUCCUGGGACAGGCGGAAUAAAAGAGGAAUCCAUAUAAAAUUGACCGACAAGCAUUAUCGGUUUUCUCCUCAAGCGCACCUGCAUAUCGACAGGAAAAUUUGGGUGGAAAUAGUGCGGGAUGAUCUUCAAUACAGCAUCGGGGAGGUGCGUGAGGCGGAGUUUCCAGCACUACCCAAGCCACUCCGUGCCUCCAACAGCGACACUGAAGUGAGACGAAUUGUUGGUAUGCAUUGA